GGGCCUGUAGGUGAGCCGCACCUGAGAGCUGCCGGCGCGAACUCCGCGGAAGCUCGCCGCGCGGUUCUGCCCGCAGCCCUCUGGGGGGCCGAAGCCCUCGGUUCCCCGGGACGGCGCGCGGGGCACCUCGGGCGUCGUUUUGUGCGCGCCGGGGCGGUGCGUGGCGCGCGCGGGGCUCCCGGUCCGAGGCCCGAGCGUGUGCCCCGCGGACGGCGCUUCCCCGCGCGCCCCUCCCUCCGCGCCCGCGGGUGUCAGACCAGACGCCCAGCCCCGGCGCGCUGACAGACGACUUUUCUCAGUUGUCAGUUUUCUCGCUUGUCAGCAGAGCUGCUGCUAUGGAGUCGCCAACCAAGGAGAUUGAAGAAUUUGAGAGCAACUCUCUGAAGUACCUGCAACCCGAACAGAUCGAGAAAAUCUGGCUUCGGCUCCGAGGGCUGAGGAAAUAUAAGAAAACAUCCCAGAGGUUACGAUCUUUAGUCAAACAAUUAGAGAGAGGCGAGGCUUCGGUGGUAGAUCUUAAGAAGAAUUUGGAAUAUGCAGCCACAGUGCUUGAAUCUGUGUACAUUGAUGAAACCAGGAGACUUCUGGAUACGGAGGAUGAGCUCAGUGACAUUCAGUCGGAUGCAGUGCCUUCUGAGGUCCGAGACUGGCUGGCCUCCACCUUCACCAGGCAGAUGGGGAUGAUGCUCAGAAGGAGCGAGGAGAAGCCACGGUUUAAGAGCAUUGUCCAUGCAGUGCAGGCUGGGAUAUUUGUGGAGAGAAUGUAUAGAAGAACAUCAAACAUGGUUGGACUGAGCUACCCACCAGCUGUUAUUGAAGCAUUAAAGGAUGUGGACAAGUGGUCCUUUGAUGUCUUUUCCCUCAAUGAGGCCAGCGGGGAUCAUGCACUGAAAUUCAUUUUUUAUGAAUUACUCACCCGUUAUGAUCUGAUCAGCCGUUUCAAGAUCCCCAUUUCUGCCCUUGUCUCAUUUGUGGAGGCUCUGGAAGUAGGAUACAAUAAGCAUAAAAAUCCAUACCACAAUUUAAUGCAUGCCGCCGAUGUUACACAGACUGUGCAUUACCUCCUUUAUAAGACAGGAGUGGCGAACUGGCUGACAGAGCUGGAGAUCUUUGCUAUCAUCUUCUCAGCUGCCAUCCACGACUAUGAGCACACCGGAACCACCAACAAUUUCCACAUUCAGACACGGUCUGAUCCUGCUAUUCUGUACAACGAUAGGUCUGUAUUAGAAAAUCACCAUUUAAGUGCGGCUUAUCGCCUUCUGCAAGAAGAUGAGGAAAUGAAUAUUUUGAUCAACCUCUCAAAGGAUGACUGGAGGGAGUUUCGGACCUUGGUAAUUGAGAUGGUGAUGGCCACGGACAUGUCCUGUCAUUUCCAACAGAUCAAAGCAAUGAAGACUGCUUUGCAACAGCCAGAAGCAAUUGAAAAGCCGAAAGCAUUAUCUCUGAUGUUGCACACGGCAGACAUUAGCCAUCCCGCAAAAGCAUGGGAGCUCCAUCAUCGCUGGACAAUGUCACUCCUGGAGGAAUUCUUCAGACAGGGUGACAGAGAAGCAGAGCUGGGGCUGCCCUUUUCUCCUCUGUGUGAUCGAAAGUCAACGAUGGUUGCUCAGUCGCAAGUGGGUUUUAUUGAUUUCAUUGUGGAGCCCACCUUCACUGUGCUCACGGACAUGACUGAGAAGAUUGUGAGCCCUUUAAUUGAUGAAACCUCCCAAACUGGCGGGACAGGACAAAGGCGUUCAAGUUUGAACAGCAUCAGUUCAGCGGAUGCAAAGCGGUCGGGUGUGAAGAGCACUGGCUCGGAAGGAAGCGCCCCCAUCAACAGUUCUGUCAUCCCCGUUGACUAUAAGAGUUUUAAGACAACUUGGACUGAGGUGGUGCACAUCAACCGAGAGAGAUGGAGGGCCAAGGUGCCCAAAGAGGAGAAGGCCAAGAAGGAAGCAGAGGAAAAAGCUCGCCUGGCUGCAGAGGAGAAGCAAAAGGAAAUGGAAGCCAAAAGCCAGGCUGAAGAAGGCGCAGCUGGCAAAGCCGAGAAAAAGACAUCUGGGGAAGCUAAGAAUCCAGUCAAUGGAACGCGUACGAACAAAAGCGACAACGCUCGUGGGAAAAAUUCCAAAGCUGAGAAGUCCUCAGGAGAAAAACAACAGAAUGGUGACGUGAAAAAUGGUCAAAAUAAGACAGACAGGAAGGAUCAAUCCAAUGUCGGAAGUGAUUCAAAGAAAGCAGAUGGCACAAAGAAGCGCUCUCAUGGCUCACCAGCCCCAAGCACUAGCUCCACAAGUCGCCUCACCUUGCCAGUCAUCAAGGCUCCUCUGCGCCAUUUUAAACGCCCUGCUUACGCAUCUAGCUCCUACGCACCUUCAGUCCCAAAGAAAACCGAUGACCAUCCUGCGAGGUACAAGAUGCUGGAUCAGAGGAUCAAAAUGAAAAAGAUUCAGAAUAUCUCCCAUAACUGGAACAGAAAGUAGGUCACGGGGAAGAGAGGGAGUGAAGGAGAGGCCCACACCUCUGCCUGUCGGCUCUCACCAGCCAGAGUGGGAUACGCUUCUAAGACCCUUGGAGGCUUUGGGGGCUGGUGCUUUUAUAGUCAACUCCAGCAAGGCAAAGUGAAGGCCAUGUGUGACUCUCCCCUUUGUCAUUUUGUUAUGGACCCAUCCAUCAGUGGAUCUGGGAGUCAACACAGACUCCAGCAGUAAGA